AUGACCCGUACUGGAAUCUACCGGAACCGGAGCGGUACAUCCGAUUCAGAGACAUCCGGCGACGACGGCGGAGGAGGAACAACCGUCAUGAGAGUGAUCGUGCCUUUACAAGGAGUGGUUCAAGGCCGUGGUGGUUUAGUUCUAGGCUCUGUAAUUCCUUGUGCUUUCUUCUACUUUCUCCAAUUCUACCUCAAACGAAACCGUAGAGACGAACCCGAACCCGACCCGGAUAAUCAGAACUCAGCUUCUUCUCCAGGGUCGGAACCCAACAACUCGGAUUCCUCGAGUGAGCUCACUGUGUUGUCUCGGUCUCUGUCUCGGGUAGUUACUUCGCCGAGAAACUCCGGGACUCACGUUUCGGUUUCGGGUCGGGCGAAUAGUAUCCUCAGAGGUGGGGAUUCGCCGGGGAAGAAACGGGUCGAGGAGGAUCCGUAUGACGAGUUGGAUAAUCCGGAUGGUAUCAUCGAACUUGGUUUAGCUCAGAACAAGGAUUUGGUUUCUGAUUAUUCAAAGGAAGAAACUUCCAUUGGAUUGAGUUUAAGUGGGAUUGCUUCUUACGAGCCUUCUGAUGGACUUAUGGAGCUGAAAAUGGUUGUGGCAAGGCUCAUGUCUGAAGCAACCAAGAACACUGUUUCCUUUGAUCCAUCGCAGUUAGUGUUAACUUCCGGUGCAGCAGCCGCGGUCGAGAUUCUUUCCUUCUGCUUAGCCGAUUCUGGAAACGCCUUCCUUGUUCCAACGCCGUGUUCCCCCGGAUUUGAUGCGGAUGUGAAAUGGCGAAAUGGAGUUGAAAUCAUACACGUUCCUUGUAGAAGUUCUGACAAUUUUAAUAUAUCUGUGACCACGCUUGAUCGGGCUUUCUCUCAAGCCAAGAAACGCGGUGUGAGAAUCCGUGGGAUCAUAAUCUCAAACCCUUCCAAUCCAAUGGGAAGUCUCUUGAGCAGAGAAAAUCUUUAUGCUAUUUUGGACUUCACUCGCGAAAAGAACAUUCAUAUAAUCUCUAACGAGAUCUUUGCUGGUUCUACCCACGGAGAUGAAGAAGCAGAGUUUGUCAGCAUAGCUGAAAUAGCAGACACAGAAGAGACUUUCGACAAGGAAAGAGUUCACAUCGUGUAUGAUCUUUCGAAAGACUUGUCUUUUCCAGGACUCAGAACCGGCGCCAUUUACUCCUUCAAUGAAAACGUUCUGGCGGCUUCUCGAAAGCUCACAACGUUCUCACCCGUGUCAUCGCCAUCCCAGCAUUUGCUCAUUUCCGCAAUCUCCAAACCAGAAUUUAUCCAAACAUAUGUUAAAACCAAUAGACAAAGACUACAGAGAAUCUACUCAGAGUUUGUGAAAGGAUUGAAAAGUUUAGGAAUCGAGUGCACGAGAAGCAAUGGAGGGUUGUUUUGUUGGGCAGAUAUGAGAGGAUUGAUCUCUUCUUACAGCGAGAAAGGCGAGAUCGAGCUUUGGAACAAGUUCUUGAACAUUGGUAAGAUCAAUAUAACUCCAGGAUCUAGCUGCCAUUGUAUUGAACCAGGAUGGUUUAGAUUCUGUUUCAGUAAUUUGUCAGAGAAAGAUGUGCUUGUAGUUAUGAACCGUAUCAGAAAAGUUUGUGAAACAUGUAAAUCUCAAGAUUAA